CUCAUACCCAUAUGACGUGAAUUUUCGUCUUAAAUCAACGCUAUUUUUGGAACUUACUAAACAAAUGCCAAUGUCAUUUCAUUUUUUGUAGCCAGAGUGACUUGACAUACACUUAAUAACAUGGAGGACAUUGUGUUCAACGUAAAAUUUGAAGGAGAAAGUCUAGCCCCAGAAAUAUUUUGUUUGCCAGCGCAAACAAAAUGGAUGGACCUAGAAGCAAUGGUGAAGGCUCAGUAUGACUGUGAACAUGUACAGAUAUUUUACAUUGACCCAGAAGGAGACUAUGUUGCCUUCUGUAGUCAAGAGGAAUUUGAAGAAGCAAUUCGUAUUUCCGACAGCUUUUCUAAUACCUUACACCUGGUAGUGCGUGAUUUGGGACCUGACAGUGAACCAGACAGGAUUGUCCCCAGAAACAUACCAUCAGAACCCACCACAGAAAAGAAACAAACAGAACAACCUGAGGAUCCAAAAGUCACCGGUCAUGGGACAAAGGUCAAUGAUGAGGGGUUAAAUGUUGAUGGACAAAUGUCGGAAACAAUCAUACAUGUUGAUGAUGCUACUGGUGAGACAACUGAAACAACACGUGUCGAAAUUCCUUUGGAGACCAUUUUGGAAAUGAUGGAUACAAAUGCACCACAGCUACAGGAUGUCGUAGAUGAGACGGGAGAAACAACCCCACUCCUUCCAACCAUUUCUGAGAACAAAUCACGCCUUGCUGAUAAAAAGGCUGACAAGAAGAUAAAGACAAGAAAACUGACAAAGGAAUCCCGUAGAUUGACCCAGAGUGCUGACAGAGGUGCAAAACCCAAGAAGUUGACUCUGGACCUUGAGUCUGGCGAAUCUGAUGAAGUUGCAAUGCCAUAUUCAGUCUUUGUCAAAUUUAUGCAACAGCUGAAAACAGAACUGAGAACUGAGAUAGUCAAGGAUGUCACAAAGAAGACUGUUCGCCAUGUCCUCAAGGGGCUAGAUGGUGCUGUCAUCCAGUCAGUUAAGGGACCGAAUGAAGUUGACCCUGCUGUGACCUCACCAACAGCGUUCCAAGGGGAGACUACCCCUAAAACAGAAAUACCAUCAAGUCAUCCAAUAUAUUACCAUGAAGGUAUCAUUUGCAACUUCUGUGAUCGAGUCAUACUGGGAGUACGAUACAAGUGUUGUAAUUGCAUUGACUACGAUCUUUGUGAAGAAUGUGAAGCUGUAAACGGAAUUCAUAACACAGAUCAUGUGUUCCUGAAGCUCCGGAAACCAGCUAAAUUUCGUCUACAAGCUCCUCUCUUCAAGGCCACUUUGUACCGUCAGAGGGAGAAACUUCCACAAGAGGAGUUAAUUCAGGAGUCAAUAACUCGUGACCAAGUGAACAGGGAUUGUAUGACAGAACUCCUUCAGACCAAGUUUGACAAGAUACAAGAGAAAACAGCACGCAAACAGGAAAGACUGAGGAGGAAAGAAGAAAAGCUGCUCCAUAAACAACGCAGGAAGGAAGAGCUUCUUAAACGCAGACUUGACACCCAGCGUGACGAACCACUGAAGCGAGAGAGGCUUGAAAUUCCUCUCCGAAGACAUAUGGGAUUUGAUGCCUCUUUGCUGUAUGAUGUGACCAUCCCAGAUGAAACCAAAGUCCAGCCAGGAACUAAACUCCUCAAAACCUGGCGCAUGAAAAAUACUGGAAGUCGUACCUGGAAUGAUUGCACUAAGCUCCACCUGGUGUACGGAUCCUUCCCAAGCCUCAACAGCAAUGAGGAUGUGAAGGUCUUACCUCUGGCUCCUGGUGAUGAAGCUGAUAUCUCUGUUGAACUAAUUGCACCAGAGAAACCCGGUAAAUAUCAGAGCCAUUGGAAGAUGACCCAGUCUGGAAAACAGUUUGGGCACCGCUUGUUGUGCAUGAUCUGUGUGGUUCCUAGAGAAGUUCUGGAACCAACAGGAGAAGAACCACUGAAGCUGGAUCAUGUCGUCGUUCUGAAUGAUGUUGAAUCCAAGCAACAAAUGGAGAAAUCGUGUGAAGAGACUGAACACUUUACUGACCGAAAGGAAACUGAGGAACUGCUAACAGUUCGGGAAGAGUUUGUCAUCAAAAAGGAAGUUGAUACAAAAACGGAGGAUAAAGAGGUCAAUGAUGAAGAUGUCAAGGUUGAAGAGGUCAGAGAUGAAGACAAAGUCAAACUAGAGCAGGAUCUAAGCACAGCUGCUGCAGCAGUUGCACAACUGAAACUGGAUCAGAGUCAGCAGCCUGUGACCAGUGAAGCUGGACAGGACCUCAUGUCUUUUGAACUGCUAAAUUUAGCCAACAGGGGAAGCCACAAAGUGUCACAGACUGCCACACCCAACAACACACCCCUUGAUGUGACCCCACCCAAGUCCCCAGCUCCAGAGCUGGAGGAUCUGAAAGCUUUGUCUGCAAGCAGCAGUGUGGAAGUAGUCAAUGCUGACGUUGCUGAGGUAAACGCAGAAGAGGAUCAUCUGUCUGGUCAAUAUGUCCGCGACAUUAUGGACAACCUUCAUGCUCCUAAACUUGAUACAGACGAUGUUGACAUAGAGUCUUUGAAGAGUUACACUGAUGAUGAUGAUGACUCGAGUCUGAGUGAGGAUGAUGACUUCCUCAUUGUUCCAAUGCCGGCUUGCUUUGACUUCAGCAAACCUGUUAUCUCGCGCUCUAUCAUUGAUGAUCUGACAGAUGAUGAGGAGGAAGAAGAUGAAGAUGAAGAAGUAGAUGACAACCAUAAUACAAUCUCACCUAGAGGUUCAUCUGUUGAUGAGCUUCUUGCGACAUCUGAGGCCUUGCCUACUCAGCCACUUGACCCUAAACCUGUCGAUGAUAAUGUCAACAAACAGGAAACGCUGGAAUCUGAAUCAGCAGAGCCACCGGCUGUUGCCGCAACUGCCGCUGAAGUGCCACAGGAUGUUGACCCAGAGGAAACUGCUGUGAUGACAGUUUAUUCCUCAGCUGCAGGAGCAGCUGGUGUUUAUGACGAUGUGUCCCCAAACACUGGAUCAGGAGUGAGCUGUGGUUCAGAAGAAUCAGAGCAAAGGGAGACAACUCACACAAAGAAGCCAGUCAUAGUGGAUGUCCACCCUGCAAAUGGGGGAGUAGCUUCUGAUGACAGGCCAGAGAACGGAGCCACCGGCGAGAACGGGACUGAUCAAGACUCAACUGGUCAACAUGGAGUGCCACCUGACAUGUUUGUGAACCAGGUGAUGGCCACGGCUGUGAAGGCUGCCAACAAGGCUGCAUCUAAUGCUCUCACUACGUGUAAAGAGGUCUUUUACACCUGGCAAGCUCGGACAUACCAGAAUGGUUCACGUCAGCCGGGACAGAAAUACAAACCACCUCAGUCUUCCUGGAAACCUAAGGAGGAAAAGUUUCCAGCUGAAACCCAACCUGAGCAAGCCACUAGUCAACCAGGCAAAACAUUCAUCCCUCCCAGAUCUACCUGGAAACCAAAAGAGGAUCAGUAUAAGCCACCGAAGACAGGAUGGACUCCUCCCCAGGACAAAUGGAUGCCGCCCAAGGAUAAGUGGAUGCCAAACGCCAAGGCAUCUGAACAAGAGAACUCUCCAAUGACAAAGCUAUUUGAAAUGGGAUUUUGUAAUCGGGAGCUGAACCAGCAACUGUUGGAGAAACAUGGCCAAGAUGUUGAGGCGACCAUACAGGCACUGCUCACUGCCACUGAUAGUGACUGGAUCGAGAAGCGUCACUAGGGAGACAGAUUUGUCGAAAAGGCCAGGUUUGCUAUACAAGGGCAGGGUUGUGUGUGGAGUCAAAAAAGUGUCAUGGACAGUGGCAAAAUGACUGGAACAAUGUGGUUCUCAAGGAACAGUGAUUUUUAAUUGUGAUUUUUUCUUUCUUUUUAUUUUCUAUUUUUUUGAGGGGUAGAGGAGGAAGGGGAGGUGGGGCAUGGGGUAAAUGGAUAGGGGAGGUUGGGGUUGAGAUUUGUCAAACAUAUUUGUAAAGUGGCCUGACAUAGGAAUGAUAUCAUUUAUUGAUAGACUUGAUGGAUAUUGAAAUUGGAAGGAAGGAUGUGAUUUCCGAGUUCAGAUUUAGAACUCAAUUUUGACAAGAUCUAUUCACUAUUGUGGACUGACACUUCUGUUAUAUAUAUAACUUCCUUUCAUGGUUUAUUUUCUUCCUGAUUAUGUGCACAGUGAGAGACAAGGCAUAAUGUCAUUUAUUGUAAAAAGCUGAUGCAAUUUGUAUUACCAGGAAUGGCAUCUAUAGAUUCAGUAAUCAAGAACCAAUAUUGUGUACACAAGGUAUUUAAUGAUAAAGUUAAUUUUCUUUCUUUUAAUUAAUAAAAUUUGAUGAUGGUGUAGAUAAAUAGUGUUAUACUGAUACCUUGCAUAUAUUUAUAUUUUAUGAAAUAUUCAUAACUGUCCUUUGAUGAUCAUAGAUGUUAAAAGGACAUGAAGCAGUGUAGAACCAAACUAAAUAAUAAAUUUUGGAAAACUAGGAUCUUACAAAGUCUGCAAAGGUGCCAACAGGCUUUAUUAUUUGAUAAUAUUUCGCAAAUGCCAGUUAUUUUAAAUUGGAUUUUCAAUGUUUCAAUUAAAAAUUAUAGCUGUAAACACCACAACACUUUUUUAAACAAAAAAUUUGAAAAAAAAUAUUGUCUUCAAAUGAUAUGCAUGCAUCAAUGUACUCACUUUGUCAUGUGCUUUCAGCUUAAAUAUGAUAAAAGCUACAUGGUUUGAUAGAUGUCUGUCUUUGUUGGUUCAUUGUUAAGUGAGAAAUACAGAUAUUACAAGGUUAUAUCUGAGGGAUAUCAACUUAGCAGGCUGCGAGGAGCGGUAGGAGUUAAUUGCCGGUCAAGUCAGUAUGAUAUAGCAUGACAGUGAUAUCCAUAUAAUUUAUUCAGCUGAUGUUAUUUAUAAAGUAAGUGCAGUUACACAUGAUCAUAUGAAAGGUUUAUGUCUUUGUUUUAAUUAUUGUUUGGAUUUCAUGUUGAUCAGGAAAUGGCCUGAAAUCAAAAUUAUCUGCCCAUUAUUACUCAUUAAUUGUGAAUUAUGCUUCUUGUUAUAUAUAUCAUCUGAUAUCCAAGAAUGUUUCCUACAACAGGUCCUUAUUUUCAUUGUCGUACAAACACUUUUGAAUAUUUCUGAUUCAUACCAUAUGUUUUCGUGCUAAAAAUAGUGAGUUUGUGCUAUUUUACAUUUAUUUGUUAAAGUCUAGUGUUGGCUCUUAGUCAUCUGAAAUAGUAAGUUUGUACUAUUAUUUUUCAGUGAUGGUCUGUUAUUUUUGAAGUGUUGUUUUUCUACUGGUGCUUACCGGAAAACAGCAAGCCUUUAAUACCAGGCUGAAUGGAUUUUACCCAGAUAAUAGGACGAGUAGCAGUCCAAUCAAAUACAUCACAGUCAAAUUUCUUAAAACAGUUUUAAUUGGAUGCAUUUAAAAAAAGGAAAUUUUCAUGCAGAAUCCAUUUUGUAUUCUUUAGUUUCAUGUGUAAUCAAUGGUUUUGUUGUGUCCAUUAGUUACAGGUCUUGUAUUUAGUUAGACCGAGGUAACAUUUAAAUGGAUUGGACCGGUUUAUUCAUUCGUCUGGAUUAUAUACAUCAUAAUUAAUUUUUUUUUUAAUUAUUUUAUUUUAAAUCGUUACAAGACCAGCAAAAUGUGAAGGGUUUUGGACUUACUGUGAAAUAUGGAAUGGAUCUUUAGAGAGUAACUCUAAAAGUUUGCAGUGAGGAGAGUUGAAUAUGAUAAGAACACAGACCUCAAAAGGUUAUUAGGUUUGGGAAAAAAUGUAGUGGGUUUUCCAAGAAAUGGACAGAAAGGUGAGAGUGUUGUAUGAAUGUCUAUAGGUCUGUGAUAUUAUGUGUUAUUGUUGAUUUGGAACAUUGACCUUUGAACUGGAGAGUUAUCUUUCCCUGCGUGGUAAUAUUUUGUUUGAGGUCAUCAAGUACAAGUCCUACCAGCAAAAUUAGUGCUACAACUGUACAUAUGUUUUAUUAUUGAUGAUAAAAAGGACAAUGAUUGGUCAAAAUCAGCAUAUGUUCUGGUUCACUAGAGGGUUACCUACCCUAUUUAUAACUGGUUCUUUUAAAAAAUAUAUACAUUAUUGAACUUGAGUAGUAGUAAUAAGAACUUCAAAAGUAUGUUUUUAUGAAUUUUUUUUAUAUUGAAAGUUAUAAUUUGAAUUUUAAGUACUAUUUUGAUGUUUUCUAGGAGUUACAGAAAAGAAGUCUUAAAAUAUCAUUGAAUGAAAAACCAGACAAAAAUAAAACUGUUUUGUACAGGAUAUGUGGGUUAGGUGAGGUAGAAAGCUAGCUGUUGGAAUGUUACAUGGUUCUGUGUGGAAUCUGACCGCUAACAAAUGCCAGUAAAUAUUGCUGAUUUUGACCUUUUAUUGUGGUUUAUGAUGUAAAUAUUGUAAAGAGAAUGAUACCUAUAUCCGUCAUUAGUGUAUUCGUAAAAAUAGUUGUUUGUGAUAAUCACAUGCUGAUAGAGUCACAGGGACUUGUCACUAAUUCCUGACCCUUUCGUCAUAAUAAAAUUUACUGAUUGUUGGUUAGGAAUCUGUGCCAAGUCCCAGUGAAUAGAGCUAAAGAGAUGAAAUGGUUAACACAAUGCUAUAUAUUAUUUGUUGAUGGCAUUGAAAGGGAUGGAUGACUAUAUAUGGUAUUGUGUUGCCCAUAUAUGGAAUUUUGUUGACCAUAAAUAGUAUUUCGUUGCCCAUAUAUGAUAUUAUGGGUACAUGUACAAUAUAUGGUAAUAUUUCACCCAUAUAUGGUAUUGUGUUAAUCAUAUCGGCUGCAAUAGUUAUUUCACUGAAGAGUUUUAAUGUUUAUCUGUCUUUCAAUGGUUAAUGAACUUGAUUAUCUAUGAAAUAAAAACAGCAAAAAGAUAA